GUAUGUUAAAAACGGCGAGUAACAAUAUUAAAAAUGAAAUCGUCUUUUCUGGUCGAUAGGUACGAUCAAUAAUGAUGUCCCGAUUUAAAAAAUACUAGUUCGGAAAGUGCGUAUAUAGUCAACAAGUGAUACGACUCUGGUUAAAUGUGCAAAAGGUUAAGUUUGACCAAGCCUUUACGCAUCAGACUUUUCAAUGCAAAGCAGUUACGUGCAUAUAAUGCUUUGAUUUUGUACGCGGAUGUUGCUCUCUCACAGUUGUAAGUAAAGUCCACAUGCUGAUUUCAUCUGCGACACUCUACUGCAGUUGCAAAUGCUAUUACGAGAUGUGCGGAUCGUAGCAAACCCAGGACAACCGGUGACUCAGUUUCUUUGUUUACUGUUUUCGCAGCCGGUGCUUUCUCAUCGCACUAUAGGCUAUGGCUGAUGAAAUAAUUACAACUUCUUUGAUUAGUUACAGCAAGAGCACAGUAGCUGUAGUAAUUAGGUAAAACAUAAAUGAACUGUCAAAGCUUCGAUUUUUUGUCAGUUACUAAUCCGCUUCGAAGAAGAAUUCAGCAAGCUACAGACAGAUGUUUAAGGUUUUCUCCCUCUCGCUGUAAUGCGGAUCUUGGGCGAAGCGCUCGUGCUGUUUGCAACUUGUUGCGGUGAACGGUACUGGCUAAGAAAUACGUUACAUUUAAUCGAUUUGAGGGAAGACACUGUAGGUAUUGCUUAGGGACAGGCCCGGCGCAGAGCUUAUUAAAUUUAGGGAAAAACGGGAUCGGCUCUACUCGUGUUUCGUUGCAGUUAGCGAAGAUUUUUCACUCCCACCGACCGUUUCUGGCAUUCUUUUGCCCGCUGCGUUGAUUGCACAAGUCAAGAAGAACUUCUUUUCUGCCGUCUGCGAUUAAUGAAAUCUCGAAGAAAACGAACAACCAUAAAGCGUUGAAAGAUUGUGAUUUAAAAAAGAGAAGUGGAUUUGGUGCAAAGAAAUCGGAUUCCGACGGUCGUCUGUGACGUCACAAAACAAGCUCCGCGGAUGACGGUUUUACGACGCGCCACCUCAUAAAAGUGGGAUGCUGUACUAAUAUAUAGCACGUUGGAACGCUAUAGGCUUGUGCACGCACGGGGCUGCGCUCGGUGUAAUUUUAAAGAUCAAGUAUAGACGAUGUAUGGAUUUGUGAACUACGCACUCGAGCAACUAGUUCUUCGUAACUUCGGGGAAGAAAUAUGGAACGAGAUUAAGCGGGAAGCGGAUCUUCACAUCCAGGGACAGUUCAUUCAAAGAAUCAUUUACGACGAUAUCUGCACGUUCGACUUGGUGAAAGCGGCCGUAAAAGUGCUUAAGACGGACAGCGGCAAAAUUCUUGAACUUUUCGGCAACUUCUUCUUCCAGUUCUGCGAGGAGUCAGGAUAUGACGUCAUUUUGAGGGUUCUCGGUUCCAGUGUGCGGGAAUUUCUAGAGAACUUGGAUGCCUUGCACGACCAUCUAAGCUCCGUUUAUCCCGGCAUGAGAGCACCAAGCUUCAGGUGUACAGGCAACGGUAGUGAUGAUACGCUCACCUUGCACUAUUACUCAGAAAGAGACGGCCUGGAAGACAUUGUGAUCGGCAUAGUAAAGGCUGUGACAAAACAAAUCCACAAAACUGAAACCGAAGUAAAGGUUAUAAAACAAAAGGACGAAACAUGCGACCACGUCCAGUUCGAAAUUGUUGCUAAAUCGGGAACGUUGUCAGGUGGGAAAGCAAAAGACCUCGCCACUAUAGAAGGCGCACUUUCCACUAUGGAACCAAUAAUAGGAGUCCCAACUUUGUGCAAGGCCUUGCCGUUUCAUUUAAUGUUCGAUAAAGACAUGGUGGUUACGCAAGCCGGAGCCUCGAUUGCCAGAGCCAUUCCUGGUCUCAUGUCUGUAUGUGAGGUCGAAAGUGCUACAUGUGAAUGUGACGACUGCGAUGAUGACGAAAUAUACGAAGACCAGUCGUCAUCGGACCCCGAUGAAAGUACGGUGUAUGAGGACAUAUUCGAUAAGUGGUCUGAAGAUUGUUGUCGGUGUGACGCAGUGUACGACAGUGACGAUGGAAAUUUGGACCGUGAUGACGUCAUGGACACCGUAAAGGUCACUGACCUCUUCGACCUCGUGCGACCCCGGAUCAACUUCAACUUUACGAGCAUCAACGCACAAAUUAACCAAGUAUUUGUUCUCCGGACUAAAAUAGGGGUGCUUCAAACGCAAGAAGAUACUACGAAUGGACAGACCUCGGACGUGAAAAGUGACGCUGGGAAAGGGGAACGUUUGAACCCGGAAGUGAUGCGAAAGAAAAGCGAGCACAGAUGUGACCGUGAAAGUUCCUGUCUGCGAUUAAAGGGGCAGAUGAUUUUCGUUCCAGAUUGCAAUCAGAUGCUAUUUCUUUGUUCUCCCAGCGUCAUGAGCCUCGACGACCUGACGAUGCGGGGGUUACGUUUGAGUGAUCUUCCGCUUCACGAUGCGACACGUGACCUUGUACAACUCGGUGAGCAGUUUGAGGAAGAUUACAAACUUGCACAGAGCUUAGAAAUAUUAACCGACAAACUUCAACACACAAUGCUGGCCCGGGAAAGAGAGAAGAAAAUGACAGACAAAUUGUUAUAUGCUGUCCUACCCCACUGGGUCGCCAACCAGUUACGACAUAAAAAGAAAGUACCGCCGAAAAGAUUUGACAAUGUAACUAUUCUGUUCAGCGGACUUGUUGGAUUUAGCGAGUUUUGUGCGAAGAAUACGACGUCAGACGGGGCUAUGAAAAUAGUGCAAUUGCUUAACGCUGUGUAUACGACCUUCGAUCGGCUUACCGACCCGAAGACGAACCCAUUCGUUUACAAAGUUGAAACCGUAGGCGACAAAUACAUGGCAGUGAGUGGUCUUCCCGAACCUUGUCACGAUAAUGCUCGGCAUAUCUGCGAGAUGGCGCUAGAGAUCAUGGAUUUGAGCAGACAGAUUAACAUUGACAGUCAUUCUAUAAAGGUGACAAUAGGUAUUCAUACUGGUGAUGUUGUAACUGGAGUUAUCGGUCAACGUACUCCAAGGUAUUGUCUCUUUGGGAACACUGUGAACAUAUCAUCAAGGUGCGAAACGACAGGAAUACCCGGAGAAAUCAAUGUAUCGGAGUUUACGUAUAGAGCGAUCCAGUCACCGGACUGUUACAGCCCUCGGUGCAAAUUCCGACUACGCGGAGAUGUUCAAAUGAAAGGCAAAAAUGAACCGAUGAAAAUGUACAUUUUAUCUCGACGUGAUCUGCAUGAGACUGACCUUUAGAAGACUGACCUCUACCAGUUUCAUCUGGUUCUUUAUCACUGUGAAAGUAAACGAAUGUGACCGUCCAACAUCACUGUAUUUCGCAGCAAUCAUUUGUGAAGUUUGAUUGUUAUACUGAAUAAAAUACUAUAAAUUGUAA